UUCGCAGAAGGCCGAUGCUGCGCGGCCUUAGGCGUUCAUAUGUACAGUAGCUCCACUGGUGGAAAAAGUACACAGUUGUCAUACUUGAGCAAAGGUAAAGAUACCUUAUUAGAAAAUGACUCAAGUUAAAAGUCAACCAGUAACUUAUAAACACAGUGUCAUCACAAUUCUCCCUCCUUUCGAGAGCGCGUCCUCGCGCUAGCUUGCGACUCUACGUCUUACAGGAACGCGCUCACCGGCCAAGCACACGCACUGUCGUGGAUGCAAGGUCCGAUCCCACUUCUGACACUAGUGUAAUGAACCAGCAGGGAGCAGGUCUCGACCCCGGGGUCCGGGGCGCUAUCGACUGUGCCGAAAAAGCAUGCUCGUUCGGCAGAGUCGAUUUCCGCGCUUAUAAACCCAGGGUCGUUACAAUACUACUUGAGUAAAAUACUUAAAAUAUUUGGUUUUAAAUAUACUUAAGUAUCAAAAGUAAAUAUAAUUUCCAAAAUAUACUAAAGUAUAAAAAAGUAAAAGUAUAAAUAAUUUAAAAUGCCUUAUAUUAAGCAAACCAGACUGCACGUUGUCUUGUUAUUUUAAUGUAGAGAUAGCCCUGUGGCACACUCCAACAUAAUUUACAAACGAAGCAUGUGUGUUUAAUGAGUCCACCAGAUCAGAGGCAGUAAGAUGAACAGAUAAGUUCUCUUGAUAAGUGCUUGAAUUGGACCAUUUUCCUGUCCUGCUAAGCACUGAACAUGUAAGGAGUACUUUUGGGGGUCAGGGAAAAUGUAUGGAGUAAAAAGUACAUAAUCUUCUUUAGGAAUGUAGUGAAGUAAAAGUACAAGUUGUCAAAAAUAAAAAUAUUAAAGUAAAGAUACUGCCGCAGGUUUCCCUCUGCCCAUGUGUUCAGAUGUAGAUUGUAACACCAGAUGUGAUUUAAGCAACAACAAAAAUGAUGGUAUGCAGGCAUUUUACUGGGAGUUACAUGUUUGCCUAUACAAAGCAUAGCCAGAGAUUUUCCAGCUAACCUGGUAUUGGCAAUACUAUCUUCAUUCUCAACUGGUGGAAACAGGAGUCUCCUAAAAUGUUUGUGUCCAGUGGCAGAGGCUCCGUUUGAAAUUAGAAAAUGCUCUAUUAUUAAAAAUAAAUCAAUGUUUUGCUCCAUUUUGUAAUCCAACAAUGUGUGCGCCACCAUCUUGUCUAUUUCAAUUCUUCUCUCAUUGAUGAGACAGGUGUCUGUCAUGCAGCACUUUGGGGUGGACCCCCACCUGUCUCGAUCAAGGAGAGAAGAUUUGAAAUACACAAGUUGUUGGAGUACACAUUCUUGGAUUAAUUAAUGGAGUACUUCAUGGAUUCUUUAUUUGACACAUUUUCUAAAUUCAAACGGACCCCCUGCCACUGGACACUGACAUUUUAUGACACUAUUUCCACAAAUCGAGAACGAAGAUGGUAUUGCCAAUACCAGCUUUGUUAAAACAUCUCUGCAGACGUUUUGUAUAGCCAGACCUGUAACUCCCAGUACAAUGGAUACCAAAAUGUUUGGGUUAAAUCACAUUAUCUGUAACUAAUAAUUCCCCUGAUUACUUAGCCAUCUUCGGCAAAGACACCAUAUUCUAUCCUGAUUCUUGAUUUACUGCAUUUCCGAUUAUAUACUCAAUUAAAACAAUGUGAUACAUGGAACAUAAUCGCCAUGGACGAUUAAUUAGGGCCGAUUUCAAGUUUUCAUAACAAUCGGUAAUCAGCCUUUUUGGAUGCCGAUUAUGGCCGAUUACAUUGCAAUCCACGAGGAAACUGUGUGGCAGGCUGACCACCGGUUACGGGAGUGCAGCGUCAAAAGGACCUUGUGGCUGCAUGGAGCCAAGGUGAAGGACAUCUCACUGGAGGCCACAGGAGCCUUGUGAAGCCAGCGGGACACAAUACAUGGAGAGAUGACCAACCAAUCACUGUUGAUGAGGAGAGUGGAACCUCAACCCAGCAUGUUAUCAUGAUGGAGUCUGCAGAGGCUGCAGGCCCUGGGGUCAAGCUAGAGAGGUCUGGUGGAGAGGAGGACCCACGGCACAGCAGAGACAUCCAGGCUGGUGCAGCGUCUGGAGUGGCACCCCCUGUAGCCACAGAGGACCUUUCCACCGCUGCUGUGCUCCAGUCCAGGAACCGACGCAGCAUCACAGAGGAGCAGGGUCCAGAGGUGCUGCUGAUAAAGGUGGAGGGGUGUGAGGAGGGUCUGGGGAACCCUGAGGGUACCAUGGUCAUGGAGGACAACCAGACUACACCUCCUCCUGAACCCACAGAGGAACCAGCUGAGCAGCACAGGACCACAUACAGUCUCACUGAGUCAGUAGACAUGGAGGAUUGGAAGCCUGAUCUGCUGCUGGUCAAAGAGGAGACAAUAGAAGAUGGACCAGAGAGCAUUGAUCUGCUGAGUGGACUAAAGAUGGGGGAUCAAGUUGGUUGGCUAGAGGCUAACAGAGACUGGGGGGCCAUCUUGGAUUCCCAAACCCAGACAGGUGCAGCCAAGGGCCCAGGGGACAACAUCACUGAGCAGGCCAGGACUAGAGGCAACAUGGUGGAGUCUGCAGUCCAUGAGGAACUGCUGAUAUCCGGUGUUGCUGGUGGGAGAGACUGGCCCUCUGAAGCGGCUGGUCACAAACCCCGGCCCCAGAUCAGAACCCUGGAUCAGGAGCUGUCACUCUUCUUUCCCGAGUCAGAACCAGGACUGAACCGCGAGGAACAAAGACUCCACCACCACACAGAACACAACCAGUGGACAGGUGGACUGAACAACCUCAGUCCUGGUGGUCAUCAGAGAGACAGAGGCUCCAGUCAGGGAUCCAGUCUGCAGCCCAGACCCUUCUCUUCACAGUCUCAGUGCAGGGAUGAAGCAGGGCCUGGGGCUGAUAGAGAUAGACCCUAUUGUUCCUAUGAUACAAACACCACAGCAUCCAUGAUGAACAGAGCAGGUCACCCUGGGCUUCAGCCUUUACAGAGAGUGGUGGGAGACCCCCCUGAUGGGAGUCUUUCGGAAAGUCUGUCUUCUCCUUCAGGAUCUCGUCUAAUUCCGGAUGAAUGGGUUAAUAGAAAGCCUGGACCUGGGUCUAGCCUUCCUCAGCUGCCUCAUGGUUACCCCACCAAUACAGACAGGGUCAGGAUGGGCAUUCACCACAAGAGAUACCUAGCCUAUAACACACCAGACAAACCCAACAACACCCAAACAAUGGCUAGAGGUCAAGCAGGGAGCUCAAAGACUAACCAGCUAAGGGUGGUGGCUCCUGCUUCUAGCUACUCUGGUGUCAUUGGGUCACAACGUGGGAAGCCGAACAUUAGGACUGACGCUGACAAGCCGUAUGCCUGCCCCACAUGUGGGAAGUGCUUUGCUGAGGCGAACUACGUGAAGAUCCACCAGAGGGUCCACACAGGGGAGAAACCCUUCAGCUGUACCCAGUGUCACAUGCGCUUCGCAGAGGCUGGCACCCUGAAGAGGCACCAGAGGGUCCACACAGGGGAGAAACCCUAUAGCUGCCCUCAGUGUGAGAAGAGGUUCUCACACCAGCAUCAUCUGAAGAGGCACCUGAAGGUCCACACAUGACAAAGGCCAUUUGCCUUCUCUGAGGGUUUCAGAGAGGAACUACCUCAGGAUACACCAGCAGAAAAAACAUUACACUUCAUAACAUAAGAGGUAACCAACCAUUCCCUCCUCAGGGUACACAUUGUCUCCCCAUCAUUGGUGUUAGUGCUUCUUAAUCUUCCCUCAAGACAAAGAUGAAUUUUCAUUGCUGUCAACAGAAAAGAUCCACAGAUGCAUUUGGAAUAACGAUAGGGACAGGUUUCAGUGUUGAAUAGUCCUGAAUAGAAUAUUGCAUCCAGACAUUGUGUGAUAUAUACAGUAUAAUGCAUAUAUAAGUUAAAGGUUUAUUACAUAGUGUUGUGUAGGUUAUAUGACGUUCACAAAUGCCUAUUUCAUUACAUCCAUUUAACUACUUUAUUUUUUCCCAAGAUACUUUUAAUGAGAAUUAAUGCAGUUCAAGUUCAUGCUGAUUUUUAGCAUUCGUUGAGACAUGUAUGUGUGGUUUUCAAUUGUGAAUUUAAAACUUGUUUAUGUUUAAUAAACACAAAAUGUGACUUUUCAUUCUAA